ACACUCUCUCUCCCUCCCUCCCUCUCUAUCACUCACUCGAUCUCUCUAGAUCCACAUUGCCCCUCUUGAGACAACCAUUGCAAUCAUUCCUUCAUCACGAUGUCACUCUUCAGAAGGAAGGAGAAGGAUAAUGACGCAGACUCGUUCCGAGGGAGUUUCUCGCUCCCUGCAAGCAGGUCCGAGUGGGUCCGGCUUGCGACACAGUCUCGUCUUAUAGGAAAGUCUCUCCACGAUCUUGUGAAGCUUGGUUCUGGUUCCAAAAAGUUCUCUCACAUCCUCAAUGACAAGGCCAAGUACCACCUGAAUGAAGUUUGGGAUGAUGCUGAGCAACUUGUGGCGAAGUCGGUCGAGAUUCAGAACUAUUUCUCAUUGGUCGGUAAUCCGGAUGGACUGGAUGCCGUGGCUGAGGGUCAGCCGGGCUGGCCAGGAUCAUGGGCCUUAGUUUUAAAUUGGCAGAAGAGAUGUGUGGACAUCGCAAGAAAGGCCGACGCCGUUGAUCAGUUCUCGCCCUCAGCAAACACGCGCUCCCAGAUGAAGAGAAAACGCGAUGAACCAGAAUCGAAGCUCAAGGUCGAACCCGACGAUUGGGAGCCUCCGAAUGACGAGGCAGUCACAAACGUCGCUCUUAUCACGUUUCUUGAUGCGGUGUCAACUUUGAUUCCACAAGCAAAUUUCGAAGUCACCAUUGUCCGCGUCGCCUUCGAGGCGACUUUCAAGACGUGUUCAUACAAGGCCUUAACCGACGGAGGCAUCUGGAUCAAGAAUGACAUCGAUGAUGUGCGCGCGAUCGCAGAGGUCAAGAAGGGGCUGCGGAUGGAUAAUUCAGAUAGGAUCAGAAUGCAAGAGACAGCAGAAAUUAUCGGCUGGCUCAAGUCUGCCAAGCCGUGGAAUGAUGUCUUUGGUGGAUACCGUUUGCUAACUUUCAAGUAA